AUGGCCGUCAUAGCAGUCAUGGCCAAAAGUGUUUUGACGCUGUUUUGUCUGGUGUGCCAGUUUGGAAGCAACUAUGGUGCGCCCGACAACCGCGGUACAGAGUUCAUCAUCGGGUACAUGGAAAACAUUGCUGUUUCUAUGAAUGUCGAGCUCUUCGUCACAACAAUGCGAACCACUACUGUAAAUGUUCAGGUGACUGCUCCAAGAUACAGUGCCGCUGGGAUCAAUGAAGCCUUCUCGGUGACAGCCGGAACUGUUAAACAAAUGUUCUUUAGCCCGUCUAUACGUCUCGCCGGAAACGAGAUGAGUUCCAAAGCGGUCUGGAUCACUGCCGAUGAUGAGGUCGUUAUAUACGGCGUCAACAAGGAGACCUACUCUUGUGACGCCUUCCUUGGACUUCCGACUGAUGUACUAGGAACUGAGUACUACGCCAUCACAUAUUACCCUCCGUCCAGACAGUGUGAGCUGUUGAUUGUCGGUGUGAAUGACAGCACCACAGUGAACAUCAGAGUCGGAAGUGCGAUUGGCAGUCGGUAUAUUACGUGGGGUGGAACAAACUACUACAGUGGUAACACCCUUACCGUCACAAUGAACAGAUUCGACACAUUUCAAUUAGUAACAUAUGGUGAUCUAUCCGGAACAUACAUUACUUCAAGCAAAGCGGUGUCUGUCUUUAGUGGAAACAGGAAAACAAAUAUUGGCAGCGGAGGCAGUUCUGAUCAUUUGGUCGAACAUCUUACAAAUGUUGACACUUGGGGAAAACGCUUUGUUACUGUUCCUGUUCCAAGGAGAACUGUUGGCGAUUAUUUCAAGUUCAUAGCCAGUGAAAGCAGUACCACCGUUACAAUAAGUGGAGGUUAUUCGACUUCAUUUUCACUCGCAAGUGCAGGAACUGUUGUUCAGAAGACAAUUUCCUCCAGUUCCCAUUGUCUUGUGGUAUCUGACAAGCCAAUAUUACUUGUACAGUUUUGUCUAAGUCAACAGUCAUCCAACGAAGAGUCUGACCCUAUGAUGAUGAUCAUUCCACCAGUGGAACAGUACGGAGCCGACUAUACAUUCGCCACACCAAAGUACUCCCUUGGGUCAUACAGCAACUACUUCAUGUUCAUCGUAAAGGAAACUGAGAAAUCUGGACUUAGAGUCGAUGGUAAUGCAUUUCCUUCCAACACUGUAUACAACACAAUCAGCGGUACUGACUAUGUAGGGGGUUACAUCAGCGUGUCCGAGGGGUCUCACACUGUACGUCACACAUCUCCCAUCUCUGUCUUCGGUGGAUACCUGUACGGCCAGGCACGAUACGAGACUUACGGAUUUACUACCGGCAUGCGUAUGGCAGGAAUCAACACGAGAUGCAUAAAGCUUUAA